UGGCUCCAGUGCGCAUGUCGCGAAAUUAUCGACAGCUGCCGUAGGUAUUGUGGCCAGUCGGCCCCAGCAGGCGACGCCAGGACCUAGCGUGCAGCACCCUUCCCGCCAUUAUUGAACCUCCACUAAGGAAAAUUACUAACUAACUAACUGAGCCAUUCAUUCGCGACCAUGUUGGUUAAAUCCCUAACCGCGAUUUUCGCGGUUUUCCUCGUCACCGAUGCGAUCCCCACCCCUAAUAGCAAGGAUGGUGGACCAAUCGGUGAACUGCCCGAAAAUUGGGAUCAGACAAAAGAUGACACACAAUCCCUGUUCCUGAAUAAGAGUGACAAAAAUGAUCUGGAGCCAUACCCGCUGGCACUUAGCGAGGAAGGCAACCCCGAGGUGUACGAGCGUGGUCUGGAGCAGCGCUUCGACUCGCCGCAGUCUACCGGCGAGCUGGACAACCUCAUCAUGCGCCCGGAGCUGUACGGAGAGCCCCCAGCCAUGGACGGGCUCUCCGCCGGCUACGAGUCCCGCCGCCGCAAGCGAGGAUCCGGCACCAAAGUCGGCGGUGCUGGAGCCGCCACUAAAGUUGCCACUAAAAAUGGCUCGGGCAAGAAGAAUGCUAAGCCCGAAGAACAUGUGGCGGCAUCAAAUGUGGAGACGAUGUCCGCUGACCACGACGCUAGGCGUCGCAAGCGCGGUAGCGGCACCAAGGUUGGUGGUGCUGCGGCUUCGGCCAAAACAGCCACUAAGAACAACGGAAAUAAGAAGAAUUUCCGCCCUCUUACGAAUGACCGCCGCAAACGUGACUCCGGCUUGAGCGCAGCUGACGUCAGAGCACUACUGAACCUUUGGGAAGCCCAAGAGCGCAGGAAGCAGGAGUACGCCAACCAGUGGGCAGCCGACCGCUACUACGGACACAUGGGCGCUCCCAUGACCGACGACGACCAGGCUGAAGUGGACGAGAACGGAGACAUCUGGUACAACGAGCCCGUGGUGAUCGGGCCCCAACAGCGCGACUACCCAGCGGUAUCACCAAGACACUCGUACUUCUCGGAGCAGAACCGCAUGGUGGGGCAGGGCUACCCCGGUAUGUACCAGGUGGACCCCAGUGAGCUGGCGCAGCGGUACGAGGAGGCGCGCCGCAAGAGGCAGUACGCGAACAAGAUGAAGCGGUUCAUGGUGGCCAGGAAGCGCACUGACGGCUCUGCUCACCAGAACUCGUACCGGCCCCGGGACGACCUGUACACGCUGGCCGAGUUACUCCGCUCUGCGCCGCGCGUGCAGGAGCAGGACAUCCCCGUCUACCGGCGACUGAUACUUUAAACAGUCCCUUGAAGUGGCGUUGUACAUUCGCAGCAUCUGUAGAACACGUAACAUCGGGCGUGAGGGGGUUUCUUCUGGAUGGCUGUUUAACUACGAUGAUGGCUGUUCUCUGACUGUCGAAUGGGCGUCUUUUAUGUAAAUUUGAAGGGAGAGAUUGUCGCGCAUUUAAUUAAUUCGCAGUUUGUAGCGGUUAGUUAACAGUUAUAGGUAUAGGAAUAGGAUAAGUUAUGUUUCUUUCUCUUGACUCACAGGCCUAAAACUCUAUUUUUUAUAGAUAUUAACAACAUCAUAGAAAUACUUGGGUUUUUUAACUCUGUCCCAACUCCCAGCUCGAUAAAAAAACUAUUUCUUAUAUAUUUUAAUUUAUGUACCUAGUAACUUAUCGUUUUCUACGUUAGGGGCGCAGGACAUCACAUUAAAUUAUUGAAUAGGUAUACCUAGUAAAUUAUGUAUAAUAAAUGGUAAAAUUUCUGUAUUAAAUAGUAAGUAUAAUAUAUCGAUAGAAA